UGCCAUUGGAGAUGUUGCACAAAAACCUGGAACCUUUCAGGAGUCUCCUCCCAGGCGGUGGAGGUUUGGGGAGCAGCUGAUAGAGCAAGGAGAGGGCUCUUGCAGGACUCAAGUUCCAGGAGCCCUGGCGGAGCGGCACAGAGGGGGAGAGUGUGGCGAGAGAAUGAAGACACCAACCGCCCGGGAGAAGCAUGAGGUGGCAGUGCAGCGCUCGGCUUAGAGGGCUUCGGCCGGUGGCGGCGGCCCCAUGGGCAACUCUGCUGGCACUAGGCCUCCCCGGUUGGGUGCUGGCUGUCUCGGCCACGGCGGCCGCUGUGGUCCCCGAGCAUCAUGCCUCCACGGCCGGCCAGCCGCCCCUGGACUGGCUUCUCACCGAUCGGGGCCCCUUCCACCGCGCGCAGGAGUACACGGACUUCGUGGAGCGCUACCGCCAGGGUUUCACCACCAGGUACCGGAUCUACAGGGAGUUUGCACGUUGGAAAGUGAACAACCUGGCUCUGGAAAGGAAGGACUUCUUUAGUUUGCCACUGCCUCUUGCCCCAGAGUUUAUCCGGAACAUACGCCUCCUGGGAAGGAGACCCAACGUGCAACAGGUCACCGAAAACCUGAUCAAAAAGUAUGGCACUCACUUCCUACUUUCUGCCACCCUCGGAGGAGAAGAGUCCCUGACCAUUUUUGUGGACAAGCGGAAACUGAGCCGGAAGUCAGAGACAGCAGGAAGUGCCUCUGUGAUCGGGGGCAGUGGGAACAGCUCUGCCGUGUCCCUGGAGACCCUGCACCAGCUGGCGGCCUCCUACUUCAUCGACAGGGAGAGCACCCUGCGGCGGCUGCAUCACAUCCAGAUAGCCACGGGGGCCAUCAAGGUCACGGAGACCCGGACCGGCCCCCUGGGCUGCAGCAACUACGACAACCUGGACUCAGUCAGCUCUGUCCUGGUACAGAGUCCGGAGAACAAGGUGCAGUUACUCGGCCUGCAGGUGCUGCUGCCCGAGUACCUGCGUGAGCGCUUCGUGGCUGCUGCACUCAGCUACAUCACUUGCAGCUCCGAGGGUGAGCUCAUCUGCAAGGGGAAUGACUGUUGGUGCAAGUGCAGCCCUACCUUUCCAGAAUGCAACUGUCCUGACGCCGACAUCCAGGCCAUGGAGGACAGCCUGCUGCAGAUCCAGGACUCCUGGGCGACUCACAACCGGCAGUUCGAGGAGUCAGAGGAAUUCCAGGCCCUACUGAAGCGACUGCCAGAUGACAGAUUCCUGAACUCCACAGCCAUCUCCCAGUUCUGGGCAGUGGACACCAGCCUCCAGCACCGCUACCAGCAGCUGGGAGCCAGCUUGCGAGUGCUGUUCAAAAAGACCCAUCGCAUUGUCCGCCGGCUCUUCAACCUCUGCAAGCGCUGUCACCGGCAGCCCCGCUUCCGUCUGCCCAAGGAGAGGUCCUUGCCCUACUGGUGGAACCGUAUCCAGUCCCUCCUCUACUGUGGGGAGAGCACCUUCCCCGGCACCUUCCUGGAACAGAGCCACAGCUGCACCUGCCCCUACGACCAGUCUUCCUGCCAGGGCCCCAUCCCCUGUGCCUUGGGUGAAGGGCCCGCCUGUGCCCACUGCGCCCCGGACAACAGCACCCGCUGCGGGAGCUGCAACCCGGGCUACGUGCUCGCCCAGGGGUUGUGCCGCCCCGAGGUGGCUGAGUCCCUGGAGAACUUUCUGGGGCUGGAGACGGACCUGCAGGACCUGGAGCUGAAGUACCUGCUGCAGAAGCGGGACAGCCGCAUCGAGGUGCACUCCAUCUUCAUCAGCAACGACAUGCGUCUGGGCAGCUGGUUCGACCCCUCCUGGAGGAAGCGCAUGCUGCUCACCCUCAAGAGCAACAAGUACAAGCCUGGGCUGGUGCACGUGAUGCUGGCCCUGUCCCUGCAGAUCUGCCUCACCAAGAACAGCACCUUGGAGCCUGUCAUGGCCAUCUACGUCAACCCCUUCGGGGGCAGCCACUCUGAGAGCUGGUUCAUGCCCGUGAGUGAGGGCAGCUUCCCUGACUGGGAGAGGACUAACGUGGACGCAGCCGCCCAGUGCCAAAACUGGACUAUCACCUUGGGCAACAGGUGGAAGACCUUCUUUGAGACGGUCCACGUUUACCUACGGAGCCGAAUCAAAUCCCUGGACGACAACUCCAACGAGACAAUCUACUACGAGCCCCUGGAGAUGACCGAUCCCUCCAAGAACUUAGGCUACAUGAAAAUCAACACCUUGCAGGUCUUUGGUUACAGCCUGCCCUUUGACCCGGAUGCCAUCCGGGACUUAAUUCUCCAGUUAGACUACCCAUACACGCAAGGUUCCCAGGACUCUGCCCUCUUGCAGCUCAUCGAGCUUAGGGACCGGGUCAACCAGCUUUCUCCACCUGGCAAGGUCCGGCUUGACCUCUUCUCCUGCUUGCUCCGGCAUCGGCUCAAGCUGGCCAACAAUGAGGUGGGCAGGAUCCAGUCUUCUCUGAGGGCUUUCAACUCCAAGCUGCCAAACCCUGUGGAAUAUGAGACCGGCAAACUCUGUAGCUAA